UAGAAGCGGACGUGACCUACAGAUCCACGUUGGACACCGGAAAAUAUAUAGCGCUUUUUAAUUUCUCAGAAUUGAUGUUUAUAAACUCGAUAUUGCUGUAAAUUAUGGCAGGGAUUGUGUGUCGUACUGCAAGCCGGAUUAUGUCGAGUCAAGCAUCAUGUAGCAGUUCUGUGGUCGCUGUCAGACACAGUCACUGGUUUACAUCAGUGCUUUCAGUUAAAACAUCAAUGCCAUUAAGAGCAGAACCCAAGAAGAAGAAGAAGGUGGAUCCGCGCCGAGAGAUAAUGAUGAAGGAACGUCUAAAGAAGAAGCUCAAAAGGCUGGAGAAAGUUCCUCCAGAACUGAUUCCCAUCGAAGACUUUAUUACACCCGCUAAGUGCUUAGAUGAGACUAGGAUCCGUGAUGCUCCUAAACUGUCUUUUGAGGAGAGCGAGCGCAGAGCUCUUCUGCUGAAGGAAUGGUCCAGAUACAAGUACAGCCAGCACCAGACGGAGAUGGACACCAUCAAGGAGGCUCUGGAGGCUCAGAGACAAGCGUUGGAUGAGCUGAAGCUGGAGUCAGAAGAGCUUUAUAAAGCAGCGCUCAGCCCAGAUAUAGACUUGUUCCCUUUCCAGCACGAGGGGCCGAGUUACACGCCUCCCAUUACAAACCAUGAGGCUCCAGAGGGAAAAUACAAUGACAUUACACGAGUAUACACACAGUGAGGAGAGCCUGAUGAUGGUCUGAUGAUGAAGAGCAGCUGUCAAAACAUCAGAGAAGUGGACUGUGAGAAGAAUUAAUCGAAUUCAAUUUGCAAACUGUGUUGCGAAUUGUUUAAUUAAAUCUUGUUGCAGCAACUCGAGAGAGAGGUUGUGAAUGUGGAAUACAAAUUAAAAAAAAAUGUUUUGCAAUUGCAUGAUUAUCUAUUUACUAUCAUUUCUGAAUUUGCAGCACAAUAAAAAAAGGUCUCUAGUGAAAAACAAUGACGUCCAAACUUUUGUAAAAACAUCCACAACCGCUUGUUUUCAUGCAUAAAUGCCCGUAUAGAAUUAAAAAAAACUUUCGAAGAGAGGCUUUGUGAUUUAUGUCAAAUGGAAAAUAAACAAGUUAUUGGUGCUA